AUGCAAAUGUUCUUAUGGUCCGCCCUCCAAGAUGCCUUGCCCACAGGAGAUAAUCUAAAAAGACGCAAGAUAAAGCUUGAUGCUCAAUGCCCCCGAUGUGGUCAACAGGAAACAACUUUGCAUAUCUUCUUCACUUGCUCCUUUGCUAUGAAAGUUUGGAAACAAACACCCCUGUACCCUGCAGUUCACACAGCUGCACUUCAGAGCUUUAAAGAGGGAGUUAUAAUAUUCAGGAAAUUAAAUUGCCUUCCACCUUCAGGUAUCUCAAUUAAUAUAUUACCGUGGAUCUGUUGGGCAAUUUGGACCUCCCGGAAUCAACUCCUAUUUGAAGAUCGAGGUUUAGCUCCUGAGGAAGUAGCCAUCAAAGGUCUCAAUUUGGCACGUGAAUGGACUUCAAUCCAAUCUAACCGCAAAGCGAUCACACCGCCGAUUCAACGAUCAACCUUCAAACAACAAAUCACUACACCUCAUCCCGAAACCGUCUAUUGUAAGACGGAUGCUUCGUGGGACGCAACAUCAAACUUCGCGGGCUUGGCAUGGAUCUUCUCGGGUCCUCACCCAUCGAUGCCCAUGCAAGGCUCCAUCUAUCGCGGUUUCGUCAGUUCACCACUCAUGGCAGAAGCACUAGCGGUUCGAUCCAGCAUCCAAUUGGCAGCAACGCUUCAGAUUCCACAUCUUAGGGUUUGCUCCGAUUCCCAAACGCUCAUCAAAGCUAUCAUCAACAGAGCUAUGGUUAAGGAGAUCAUCGGUGUUGUGGCAGACAUCUUUAAUCUCUCAUCUCUGUUCUCUUCUAUCUCUUUUAUUUUCAUCCCGCGAGGCGAGAAUUGUGAUGCCGAUGCUUUGGCAAAACUCACUCUUCGUCUACGCUCUUCUGUAACAAACCCCUUUAUGGGCUGA